CUUCCUUUCUGCCGCAGCGCUGCUCACUCAUCACCGUUUUCCUAACAGAAAUGUAAAGAAUACGACGAUUAAACAUUGUCGAUUAAAGGGACCGUCCUGUAGAGGUGGAAAAACUGUCCGCGCUAUCGAUAGCUUUCGAGUCAGCUUCCCCCAAGCAUCGGCAUCAAAUAUCGAUAUCGUCAGCUGUCCGCCGGUGCAUUGCGUUACGUGAUUUAAUUUCUUGUGUUUGUUAAAUUGUCAUAAAGCAGCUAAAAUGAAUCAGGCCGAUGUAACAAAGCUCAUGUCUCAGCUGCGCAUCGCGGUCAGACCCAAAAAACGCAACCUGAAGAACGCGGACGGACCGGAAGGGCGGCUGCUUAAGCUGCGUAAGACCGUAACGGCGUUGGUAAAGCAUGAGCGCAUUGAACUGUUUUACAAUCGAGCCGAUGAAGCCCGUGGCUACGCCGAGCUGCUCAUUUCCAAUGCCAUACGCCACGGGGACCGCCACAAUGCUACAAUGGAACUGGCUGAUUACUGGCUCCUGGAGAAGCAACUGGUGCACAAGCUCUUCAAGGUGCUGGUUCCGCGCUAUGAAAAUUAUACUGUUUGCUACACUCGCAUGUACAAAGCCCCUCGGGACUAUCCCGGGAUUUACUACAGGCAGUCUGUGCUGGAGCUUCGCGGCAAUCCCUACCCCUCGCUUUUGGCGGAUCACUCUCAGAACAGGAAUCUGUUGCAGAAUGUGCUUCUUGACGAGGCAAGGAAAGAGUUCAGACGUCAAAAACUGUCUGACUUAGUUAACUAGUUAGUCCCUUGACUCCCUAGAUGCUACUAGUUAAGACCGGCAGGGAGAUUGUCGCUUAGAACACAGUUAAGACUUAAAAGCCGUUUUAUUAUAAAUGUUUGUAUAUACACAAAAA